AUGGCAGAAUCAGAAGAAAUUCAGCGUCAUUUGAGAGAAAAAACAGGGUGGUAUAUAUUAAAAGCACCCACAAAUUUAAAAUCAGAAAUCUGGCAGAAAUUUCACAUGGUUUUUCAAAAAAAGGAAAAUGAUGAAAGCGAAAUUCCCGUGAAUUACUAUUGUGCUUGUAUUAAGUGCAAUAAGAUGGGUCGGGUUGGGUUGGGUCGGGUUGGGUUGAAAAGUUGCAUUUUCAGGCGGGUUGGGUUGGGAUGGGUUGAGUUAAGUGAUGGGUUGGGUUGGUGUAACAGGGUGUCCGUAAAUUUCGUAAAGACUCUGUUCUUCCCUCCACUCCCCCUCAUCUCUGCUGCAAUUGACCAGCUGACCAAUUAA